AUGAAGAGGGCUAGCAUGUCUCGUCCUGUAUGGAGCUCAGUUCAGAUGUCCUGUUCACUCUGGCUCCUCCUUCUGUGCUCUUCUAUCAGUUUUUAUCCUGCUGUGUCUGAAUUAGUGUUUUCAGUGUUACCUGAAGAUGGCGUUGGGAUUUUAAAUAGCUCUCUGAUGCUGCACUGCACAGUGUUUGACUCUGGCUUGAAGGCUCAUCUACCAGUGAAAUGGGAGAGAGACACUGGAGGUCUGGACAGCAGGAUUCAUCAGUUGGCCAAUGGCUCACUUUUCUUUCCCCACUUAAAAGAGGAAGAUUUUGGAAACUAUUCCUGCAGUGCAAAGAGAGGCAACAAACAGAUUCAGACCACUGUCAUGGGACAGUAUGGAGGAGGGAGUCAAAGGAAGACUUCUGGCACUUUGCACAUGGCUAACAUCACCAAAGCAGACCAAGGAGUCUACAUCUGUAUCACCCACAAUCCUCUGCUGAACAUAAGCAAAGGAAGUCAAGCAGCAACUCUGACAGUGCAUGGUUCCAGUGUAGACGUAAAGAUCAUUGAAGGCCCCCAAAAUCUUACUGUACCUGUUGAAAUGGAAGCUGCACUGCACUGCUUAGUUGAAGGCUUCCCCAUUCCCACAGUGCAGUGGUUUAAGGAUGGACAUCCAUUACCCAAUUCUUCUAGAUGGGAUCUGCAGAAGGACGGACAACUGCUGAUUUUUCAGAGAGUAUUGUCAGAGGAUGAGGGCCUGUAUUUCUGUGAAGCUCACAAUGAGAGGCAGAAAGUGAUAUCCGAGCCAGCCUACCUCCUGCCUGCAGAACCUCCAUCCGUGACUAUCUGGCCGAUGAUGGUAACGUCUCCUGUAGGAGCUGAAGUGGCGAUUCACUGCCAGGUGUUAGGACACCCUGCCCCUUUCAUCAAGUGGUCAAAACAGGGCCGGUCUGUCCAAACUGGAGGCAAAAUUAUCAUGAGGUUAAGAAACACAACACUCUACAUUUCAUCAGUGAGAACGUAUGAUGAAGGACAUUACACAUGCGCAGCCUCCAACACACUGGGUCACGAUCAGAAAACCAUGACUCUUCGGGUUGCUGUGAAACCUGUCAUUGUUUCCUUCGUUGCAUCACUCACUGUCUCAGAGGGAUCACCUGUUAGUCUCCCUUGUCGAGCUGUUGGAGAUUUUCCUGUCAAAUACACUUGGAUUAGAUCUGCGUCGAUACAAAAUUCACCAGAACAGUCUGGUUCAAACUCUCCGGUCUCACUCCCACAACAGAUACACAUUGAUGAUAAUGGGACAUUAGUCAUCCCCAACAUCCACCGGUCUGAUGCAGGGGAAUAUCACUGCACUGCGGAAAACAGAGUCGGUCAGGAUGUGAGAAGUCUCAUCAUAACUGUAACUGCUGACUCAGAUGUCCCACCUGAUAAGGAAGCACUGAGUAAAACGAUUAUGCCUACUGUUCCAGAGAUUGAGCAAGAGCUAUUUACUAAUUCCUUUCUUUAUGGUUCAAAGCUUCUGAGUAAUACAGAGACAAGUGAAUCCCUUCAGCAAACAACUGAAGAUUACACAAAGAUAUCUUUGCUAAAUGCUUUUGUGGAGGACUCACCAAUAUACUUGAAUCUUGAAUCUACCCAAGACACUAUAGAGUUAAUUUCACUUAAGCCAAGUUACAUUAGCAUAGGAAGUAAUGAAAAAAUCAAACAUCCCAUUCAAACACAAAAACCAACCCCCGUGCCUCUCAAACAAACACCAUUUCCCCCACUCAAAGAGACUUUUAUACAGGAUUCGCAUGAACAUAUGCAACCAACAGAGCAGGCCACAAAACCUCCAGUAAUGAAUCCAAACACAAACAGCCCUUCAUCAGCAGACUCAUAUUCCCAUAAAAUUCAGAGCUUUUCCCUGAAAAGUGCCCAGUCCUUUAGCGGACAAACUCAGACUACAGGCUUAACUUUAAUGGAUGUAGAGAAUUUCACUGCCUCGGCUCCUGUGCAAAAGCAUCAAAAUCAGAGUCAAAUCAUCAAGCAGUCUGGAGGUACCAAGUCAUCGGUGACGAAUGACACAGACCUUGUUGAGUCACUCAAGAAAAACACCUCACAGGCCCCUAUGAGGACCACUGACAAUAAAAACAGAGAAAAGGAGAAAUCCCAAACUUGGUUGCCUGUGAUUGAGAAGCAUGACAUUCCCAUUGUGGUUGGAGUUGGUGUUUCGUUGGCCUUCAUCUUCAUUGCCAUGGCCUUUUACUCUCUGGUUCAGAAAAAUGAUCCUGCAGCUGUACCUACAGGGAGGACAGUUCCGAGGGGAAUAGGUGGGCCUUGCAGGAAUGGUGAACGUCUUGCAAUGGAAAGGACAUACGAUAACAAGGCAUUUGAAGAUGAUAAUUUGGUGGCUGUCAUUGAGCAAAGCCCCAAAACAUCGGAGACAAGAGCGCUCCCAACAGAAGGCAACCCAUCCACCUUGAUGAUGGAACCACCGUCCGAUGACUUGCAAGAGGGUGUCCAGUCCACUCAGGACAUCCCAGUUAUUGUGGAGACUCACCCAGAGCCUAGAGAAGAAGACCAGUUGGAGACUAUAUUUGAGGAGGGGAAGGUCACUCCCUCACCACAUUCUGACAUUCAGCUUCAGUGCAUGGAGGACUGGAGGAGCAGAGAGUUUGAACCAGGUCAGGACGCCCCCUCACCUCCUCCAGCCAAUCCAGCACCUGCCCAGGAGGAGGGCCUGCGCACUUCUCUUACCCUCCAGACCAGCGAUCCCUCCUCAACGCCAGUGCGCCACAGCAUCAAUAUCUCCCACAGUUUCUCUCCCCUCCUGCUGUCCCAUUGCGUGUCCCUGGGCAUGACCUCUGUGGCUGUGGAUGUGCACUUCUACCCUUCGGCCCCUUCAGCAGCCGGCCAUCCUCCAUGCCCUGCCUUUGGACCCCCAGGCCAACAGGUGAACACCAGGCUGGAGCAUGAACUGAAUGCACCCUCUGCUAACCACAGUAAAUAACAAGAGUGUGAGACAAAUGUUGAAGUCACGAGAAAGCUCUUUUUUGAAUUGCUCACCUCAUAGGGCAAAAGGCAGUUAGGUUAAAGAUGGUGCUUAUGUUUUUUUUUCUCUCUCUCUCUUUUUUUUUUUAAAUGAUUGUCA